AUGGGCCUUCCACCCACGUCGCCGCGUUUUAAGUUUAUGCACACGCAUCCAGUGGGUACCAGCAGUAAUUUGGCAGUGCCACGUAGGCCACCGCGACAACCACCCUCGCCAUCAACGCGAUCUCGCUCCCUGGAGCUGCUGGACCAACAGGACCAGGAACAGAAAUCGGUCUCUUCUGUGAUUGUCCAACGACCACCGCUUCCCAGGCCAAGGUCACGCAGUUUAGAUGGUCUAUUGGAUGAAGAUACAAAGAACGGCGAGGAGCAGGACAAAAUGAAGCAAGAGGAAAGUCGGGAAUGCUCUCAAACGAGCUCGGAAGAAGAUAAAAUUAUUUCUUCUUCGGAAGAUAGCCAAAAAGAGCCUAAUAUCGAAACUGUUGAAUCCAAGAAUCUUAAUUCAGUUCCUAAGUUGACCAUAGACACUGUGGAAUCUAAGUCCAAGAUGAAGGACAUACGAACAUCUUUGGAUAGGAAUGAGAAUCACAAGGAGGCUCCCCCGAUGCGUCCUCCGAAGCCGAACCGUCGUUCCAGCUCGGAAGGACAAUCUUCGGCAUGCCUUAAUAGACAGUGCAUGAACCAAGAGCGUCCGGUAGAGGAACAGAGCAAGACAGUGCAGGAUGGUAACGAAAAUAACGAUUACGAUAAUGACGAUGAUAGAUCGACGAUACUGCUGAAAGUAUCAAGAAGCUGUGGUGCGGGAUUGGACUCCGAAGGGAGCAUCUCGUCAAGCGAAUACAGCGGGCACAGAGGUCGGGCAAAGGAACCGGGCUCAUUACUAUCGCUGCCAACGGGUGCAGAGCCUAAGCGUAAGCGGAACUUCAUGGACAAGUGCGUGAAUAAGGUGCGGUCGUUUAUGAAAAAGUGA